AUGGCAGCAGCUUUAGCUAGGAGAACGGCAUGCCAGGCCUGUCGCUACAGUGCCCUGCAGACAUUCGCAGCGUUUUCUGGACUUGCAAUCGCUCAGACAAACCGUUUCCCCAACAAUCCUCCGCUCAGGCGCUUCUCGGCCGUCCCAUAUCUGCGGACAGAGUAUCCAGAUCACAGCGCCAGCCCUGCAGAAAAUGACCCCAAACACGAAGACCAGCUGGUGGCCGAUGAAGAUACAGACCUACAGUCCGUGCCGUGGUACCUCCGUGUUGAACCCCCUACCAAAGAGUCUCCUGUGGCUCGGCAGCAGCAAAUACCACCUGUUCCCGAAAAUUCCCCAGCGAUCAUGGCAGAUCUAUUACAGAACCUCUCCGUUGAAAUUGGCUUGGAUGACUUGGCUUUGAUUGAUUUGCGCGGACGAGAUCCGCCUUCGGCCCUGGGAGGCAAUGUCAUUAUGGUCAUUGGUACCGCUCGAGGCAUAAAACAUCUCAACGUUUCAGCGGAUCGCUUUUGUCGAUGGCUUAGGUCCAGCUAUAAACUGCAACCAUUUGCGGACGGACUACUAGGCCGCAACGAACUCAAGAUCAAACUUCGACGCAAGACUCGCAAGGCCCGUAUUGCUGGCAGUACUGGAUCGACGGCGUCCGGCUCGGAUGACGGCAUCACCACAGGCUGGAUAUGUGUUAAUGCCGGCCUCGUGGACGACCCAGGUGCUGAGACCCUUGCCCGGCGAGGAGUGUUUGAAGGCUUCGGCAAAAUCCAAAGCGGGACCAGGAUAAUAGUACAGAUGUUCACGGAAGAAAAGAGGGCGCUUAUGGACCUGGAACAACUUUGGACUCCAAAGCGGAAACGUCAAGUCGACCCAAAUCCGAAUCCCGAGGAUACCCCCAAGGUAGUUCGCCCUGGCUCCAAUAACACCAACCACCAUGAAUCUAAUCACCCAUUAUUUGAUACCAUCAGGCCACCAUCUAGCAUUUCCUUUCACCAAAAGAGGCAGUUUACAACCAGUUCCACAAAUCGACAAAAUUCCAGAAUAUCAAACAGAGGACAGGAAUUCUACGACUAUCUUACAAAAGAAGAAAAUAUUUUCCAGGCCAACUCGAGCGAUCUUGGAACUGGUCCAAAUGAUUGUGAUUCUACUCCUUUACUACGGAGAAGCUAUGAUGUUGCCAAAGGCUCGCAAUUUGAAAAUUCCCUGCUCCGACUGAUGCUGGCUGCUGCUGGAGUAACCGUUUGUCAUCCUGCAUAUACCAAGGAACACCUGUGGUCUGUAUAUAUGGAGCACACCGCUUCAGGGUUCAAUCUGUCAGAAUCAUAUGGUCUUGACGUUGCAAGAUCAUUUGUCACCCCACGAUCGGAUGAUGUGUCGCCGUCUACUCGAGAAUCUGAUGUCGAGCAUGCACUUCGUGUCCUGGAUUAUUUGUCUCUUGAAGGCUCGCUUCGCCUACACUUACCCCUUUUCGUCAUACUCUACAAGGCCUUAAUCAUGUUGUCGGAGGACCAGGCUGCUGAUACUACGCAUCAACUAUCUUUACGUAUCCGAAAUGUUAUGGAGACGUUCAAUGAAGAAAUUAAAGGCUAUGGGAGCUGGGACAUGAUGAGACUAAGGCUAGAAGCUAAAGAUAUCGAAGGGUUUUGGCAAAUUUGGCAUUCCCUUCCUUUUAUGAAUGGCUCAAGGACACACGACGACUAUGAAUUUCUUUUUAAGUCGAUGGCUUGGUGCGAUGAUGCUGCUAGUGCGCGUGAAAGUUUGGCGACAUGGAUACCUAUGAUGCUGAGAGAACAGCCACCAAUCGAGCCUCAGGAAAGCCUCCUUGAGGCGAUUGCAUACUGCAUACAGGCUGCAGGCUACGACAACUUGGAUUUCAGCCCUGAAAUGGCAUCCUCAUCAUAUUGGGCAAAACUCCGUCCGACCAUUUUGUCUUAUUUGAGGACGCUGCCGGAGAACUAUCAGCAAGCAGCCUACUCGACUUUGUUUCGGCGCGAGGUCGAGCGAUUCGAGUCAACAAUGGAAUACAUGUCCGGCGUGCAGAAUGACUUGGACGACUUGAAGCCUUCGCUCUUUGAGCUCCUUGCGGAGGAACAACUCUCAUCUCUCCUCCCCCCAUCGAUCCGUUACCUACUCGCAGUCGCAACACACCGACACCCUCGGUACUUGCUCCGGGUGCUGAACAACUUCGAUGAGCUUUAUGCGCUGCUCUCGCUCUUGGUAGAGCGGUACUACCUGCGAACAUUUGGAGGGUCAUUUACAGAAAACUUCUAUUCUCUCAAACGAGAGCGCGUUUCGUUUACAAAAAAUGGAGAGAUUCCUCGUGCGCAGAUGGGCGCUGCAAACCCGGUGCGGGAAACCCUCCGGCUGCGCACAGUCGAUGUUUGGAAGAACCUGGCUGUCAUGGUCGGACUGCCAUAUUUGAAGCGUAAGCUUGAUGAAAGUUAUGAUAUUCACAUUGCGCCGCAUGCGUCGUCACUACUUGGCGGACCGCGGUAUAAUCCCGCUGAUGGGCUUCCAGCAAACCCGACAAUCAAGCAACGCCUAAUGUUUUACUACAAGUGGUUCUUGCGGAAUGUAUACCCGUCAGUGAAUGCGGCGUAUUACUUUUCUAUUGUGGCCUUUAACCUGGCCUAUCUCUUUGACAACACGAAAUACUCCUCGCCGUUCCUAUGGCUGAUCGGCACACGCAUUCGCCGACUGGGUCCAGCCGACCACCGCGCCAUUGCGAAUAUCCUCGAAGCAAAGCCUGGUGGUGGCAGCAGUGCUCGUCGGAGCCAACGUCCUGGCUCACCUUUACUCGGGCUGCUGAACCCGCAGAACCUAUAUCCCCAGGUUCUGUCUUCACUACGAUAUUUUUUGCCUGUCUCUAUCUUUGCGCUCAAAUUUCUCGAAUGGUGGCAUGCAAGUGACUUUUCUCGACAGCUUGCCCGCAAAGCCACCGAAAACCUAGAUUUACCAGCCCCAGUCGUCACAGGAAUGACAGACCCAUCCCUCAGAAAGGCGAAUACAUCGUCAUCCCCUCAAUCAACCUCUCCAUCCACCUCCCUCAAACCCGCACUGAAGAAGACCCCUUCCAACAGUCAACCGCCGGUUUCGUCAACAUCUUACCUACCGAUAUUCACCGUCCCGCUCCCAACAUCCGACUCUGGCAAGGCAAGCGCAUGUCCCAUCUGCUUGAACCCACUCACAAACCCUACCGCAUGCCAAACCGGCUAUGUAUUCUGCUACACCUGCGUGUUUCACUGGCUGAACGGCGAGCAUGAACGCCAACUAGAUUUUAUGAACGGUGUCGACGGCGGCGCGGCUUGGGAAGACGAGGGAGCCGGUGCCGCUGUCGAUGAAGGCGAUGAAAAGGACACGGAUGGCCAAGACGGAUCAUCAAACGAAUCACCUGCCACAAAGGCCCAUCGGAGUAGAGAAGGGAGAUGGGAAAGUGGCCAGGGGAGAUGUCCUGUCACGGGUAGAAGAGUGCUCGGGGGGACGGAUUGUUUGAGGAGGGUUUUGGUGUAA